AUUUGACCGCUCUCACUCAGCCUUGGGGGGUGUCUCGUUACCUAAACCUGCGCGCUUCCCCCCUCCCCCUUUCUAAGCCUUUUUAUUAUUAUUAUUAUUAUUAUUAUUAUCUCUUGGAUCCGAUUCAUUUUCGGACCUCUUCUUUUCCUCUCAAUACUUGGAGCGAGAAACGGUGCCGGGGCCAAAAUGUUGCCCUCGGUAGCACCGUUUCCGCCAGUCCAACCUCAUCACCACUUGAACAGUUAUGAAUCCCUGAAUGAGUCUUGCCAUUGGAAUCCAACCUUUACCGCGACACUGCCCCGCCAUGACCUUCUCAAGAACUCCUUCCAGUCCGCACCUCGUUCGCGGUUACAAUACCCUCACCCGGUACAGCGACUCGACAUCCCUGAUACUGCCCACUCGACGGCGGCCUUGAAGAGUGCCGGGGAACAUGCCUUGAGGAGGAAAACGCCAAAUGGAACGCUAGCGGCGGGAUAUGAUGGAACCCCGGGCGACACCACCAUUCAACCCCCUGCAACAAAACAUAUCCUGGUUUCCCCCCUGGAAUCCGGUCAGUUAAUCUCUCAGACGGCGCUUUCCAUCGAUCCCUGGCAACAAGCCCUUCUCGACCAGUCACCGGGGAAGCCCUUGAACUUUCCACCCAUCCAUAAACCCGAAUCGAGUCGAGGCAAUAUCCCCGACGAUUUCGUCCCAGGCGUGAAUGGCGCCAGUUGGGUCCGUUCGUUGAACUAUGCGCCGGGAAUGGACUCGCUGCUCAACCAAUCCCUACCCAUCCAACCGACCCAACCCCGGUUUUACUGGCAUAAUGGCGCCUACGUCCCUACCGUUCUUCCCACGACACUGCAACCAUGCAUGCGUCCCACGGCUUCGGCAGGAACGGGGCCCUAUGGUCCAUAUUGGCCCGAUGGGGUGUAUAUCCCCUACCGUCCGGCAGCCUUUCGUGAAUCCCGGUUGACUUCUCCCGCUCCGUUUGCGAAACCACUCGCCCCGUCUGCCCCUCAAUUCGUCGAUGCGAGCCAGCAACCCUUGAAUCGGGCUUCGAUGUCUUCCAACCCCCCCGAACUGGGCGUCGAUUGGAACCAGGCCUCGGUGCGAAUGCUCAGCCAUGAGGCGUCGCUGAAGACGAAUUUUCCUCCCCGCCAUUCAGAGCACAAGCCGUUCGAGCCUCCAACCAACCAACGCGCUCCCCCCGUACACACUCGCCAAAGCCAUUCGGUCUCUGGCUUUUCCCGCCAGCCCGCUCAAGAUUCUUUCCCCCCCUGGCCAGGGACUUCCGGUGCCACUGGGUUCCAGAGCGCUGGAGCCGUUCCGCAUUCUCGGGCGGCCAAUGUCGAAUUUAAGGAGAAGGUGCUGUCGUGGGCUCAUGGCGUCUAUGUCGACCUCUUAGCAUCCAUCCACCAGGCACGUCGAAACAGUAUGUCCCUGGACGGCCACCGCCAGCGCACUGUGAAACCGAGUAUUUAUCCGAAGCCGCCACGCCAACCGGGCCUCGACUUCUCCCAUUCCCACGUGCCGGACCUUGCGCGUCAUAACAGUUACCCGUCAAGCCAGUCUGGAUUCCCUCCCAUCGCCUAUUCUCGUGAAAAGUCUCACUUGCGCUACCCAAGUUCCCGAUUACGACACAGCGGUCGACUGACCGCUUCCUCUGCCUCCCAGUUUUCGACCGCCUCCAGCAGUGAGAACACCAUCGCCAUGAAUGCCGUUUCGUCCCUGGAAAUACUCUCCCAUUUAUGUAUGGAGAGUGGCUGGGAGUGGAUCGAUGGCAUGCUGCUGGGAGGCUGUCUCGCUUAUGGCUUAGGUGACUAUAACAAGGCGAUGAGGUGGUAUUCUAGGAUCAUUGCUCGAGAUGCAACGCAUGUGGAGGCGAUCUCAAACCUGGCCGCCACCCUCCUAGCCUUGGACCGGCGAGAAGCAGCCUUGCAACACUGGCUUCGUGCGGUUCAACUACGCCCCAGCUUUUUCGAGGCCGUGGAGCAUCUGAUUGGCCUCCUGUGCAGCAGCCAACGUGGCAAGGAAGCCGUCAAUAUCAUUGAUUUUGUGCAAAACUCUCUCCGGUUUCCGAAGAACGGUGACUGCUUCACCGCGGAUGAGCACGCCAGCGAACCGGAGAGCGACGCCGAAAGCCGCGCAUCCAGUGCAUCAGACUUGGGAUCCUACGAGCAGGCGGCUUUCGACUACGAGGAUGACUACGGCCGAUCGACGUACGGCCCCCCGCGGGCUUCGGGGGAGGCUGUGGCGGCGGGGCAUGGUUCGAGUGGCUAUGCUAUCCCCGGCUGUGAUAACGGCCGAAUGCUGGCCCUCGUUCAUGCCAAGGGAAAUAUGCUUUACGCGCUGGGGGAUAAUGCGUCGGCUGCCGCAGCGUUCGAGGAUGCAAUUUUGAUUAGUGCCGGUCGCCGACGUCAUGGGAUUCAAGGCUUGAUCAAACAGAUAUUUGCUGCAUUCUCCCACGGGCCCCGGACCGGACACCCAUCAUCCCGGACGCUGCCUGCUGCACAGGAAGAAACUAUCCUCCUAUACCCCGACAAAGCUUUACAGACGGCAACGUUGGUCUUCGCGCCCUGUGGAACACCGCCCGGGAUCAAAUAUGUGCCGGAAGGCCUGGCGAAGAAAGCUGCUAUUUCUACUACGAGUAAUUCGUUACUGUCGCUGGCCAAGAUCUAUCAAGAUGGCAUGUCCAGCGUCUCCCAUACGAGCAUGCCGAGGACUGCCCCCGGUGUGCGAGACAUUCUCGCCCUCUAUUAUCUCUCUCUGUCGCUUCAGCCCAGUCCCUCCACGGCUAACAACGUGGGUAUCUUGCUUGCUGGAAUUCAGAACAAUGCCCCUGGUGGAAAGGGCCUUGCCCGUACUAGUGGGGAGAUUCAGCAUCCCGAGAUACCGGGCGUGAUUCCUGGGACCGGCAUCUCGCUUGCUCUCGCGUACUACAACUACGGUUUACAUCUUGACUCGCGACAUGCUCAUCUUUACACCAACCUGGGCAGCCUGUUGAAGGAUAUCGGUCAACUCCAGGCGGCUAUUCGGAUGUACGAGCAGGCUGUUCAUUGUGACGGUCACUUCGACAUUGCCCUGGCCAAUCUAGCAAAUGCGGUCAAGGACGCUGGACGCGUGAAUGACGCUAUCUCCUAUUACAAACGCGCCGUGAAAGUGAAUCCGGAUUUCGCUGAGGCGGUGUGCGGGUUGGCUAAUGCGCUGAACUCGGUAUGCAACUGGACCGGUCGGGGCGGAGUGGCCCAGGGAUACGGCUUCCGGGAUCGGUGGCACGUCGACGACCAGGGUAUGCUUCGGGAUUCGUACGGCCUGACGUCCGGUUCUGGCUGGAUCAAACGGGUGGUUGAUAUUGUCGAUCGACAGCUCAAGGAGGGAGAGACCUGGGGUCGUGGGUUACUAACUCCCAGUGCGAUUCAGCGGCUCUGUGCGCAGCUGAUUCCCGCAAUGGAAGGCCGCCGCCGCUCCGCUUCCGCCGCUCUUGCUACUAUCCUUCAGUCCUGGGCGGGACAGAAAUGGGAAGGUUCCCGGGUUGUGAGACUCGUCGAACGGGCCAUCCGGUCGAUCAUGUGGCAGUGGUACCAGGAUCGCUAUAUAUAUGGUAAGGCCUAUUCCACCUCCAAGUAUCGACGACCGCAGUUGCCCCCCGGGUUGACUGCGCCCAAUGCGCCCACUGUGCUCCCAUUCCACACCUUUACCUGCCCUCUGUCUGCGAAGCAGAUUCGACAAAUAUCGCAGCGUAACGGACUCCGCAUCUCUUGUUCAACUCUCCGAUCAUCCUGGCUCCCAGAUACGGUGUAUCCGCCGCCACCACCUCCGGAGCCUUACCUGAAAGUUGGGUAUGUGUCGUCGGAUUUCAACAACCAUCCCCUUGCCCACCUCAUGCAGUCCGUGUUCGGGCUACACAAUCCGUCGAGGGUCAAGGCAUACUGUUACGCGACCACGGCCAGCGACAAGUCGAUUCACCGGCAGCAGAUCGAAAAGGAAGCUCCGGUGUUUUGCGACGCCAGUGGCUGGUCUGUUGACCGACUUGUGAGACGGAUCGUGGAGGAUGGGAUUCAUAUUCUCAUUAAUCUAAAUGGCUAUACUCGAGGUGCUCGGAACGAAGUUUUCGCGGCACGGCCAGCUCCCAUCCAUAUGACGUUUAUGGGAUUUGCCGGGACAUUGGGGGCGGAAUGGUGCGACUAUAUUCUUGCCGACCAAUUAUCGAUUCCCCCCGAAACCCUCUCCCCUGGUGGCCGUCUUACUCGGAUUGAGGAUCGACUGCUUGAGGAAGACCAUAGUGAAGAUAUGGAGAAUUGGGUAUAUGGAGAAAAGAUUGUGUUCACCCGGGACACCUUUUUCUGCUGUGACCAUCGUCAGAGUGCCCCUGAUGCGAGGGAUUCGUUUGUUUCUUGGGAGCAGGAGCAAGCACGACGCUGGCGAAUGCGAAAGGAGCUGUUUCCCAACCUUGGUGAUGAUGCCAUCAUCCUGGGAAAUUUUAACCAGCUAUAUAAGAUUGAACCGACAACUUUCCGGACCUGGCUUCGGAUUCUUGCGAGAAUCCCCAAUGCUGUUCUUUGGCUUCUCCGCUUUCCUGACCUUGGGGAGCAAAAUCUGAGGGAAACCGCUAUCACCUGGGCUGGCGAAGAGACAGCAUCGCGCAUCAUUUUCACCGAUGUUGCACCUAAGAAUACCCACAUCUCCCGAGCGAAGAUUGUUGAUCUGUUCCUCGACACACCCGAGUGUAACGCACACACGACAGCGACCGACGUCCUGUGGAGUGGAACUCCACUCCUAACCCUCCCUCGCUACAAGUACAAGAUGUGUUCUCGCAUGGCGAGCAGCAUUCUUAGCAGCGCUCUGCCGAAUUCAGACGCUGGGCGAAAAGCCCGAGACGAGCUGACAGCCGUCUCUGAUGAAGAUUACGAAAACAAAGCGAGCCGGUUGUGCCUCAGCUUACAAUACCAAGUUGGUGGAGAUGGCCGAGCCAAGGGCCGGUUGGCCGAAUUGCGCAAGAUGUUGUUCGAAGAACGGUGGAGAAGUUCCCUUUUUGAUACCGCGCGUUGGGUCCGCGAUUUGGAAGAUGCCUAUGAACAGGUGUGGAAUCGAUGGGUGACUGGCGAAGAAGGCGACAUAUGGUUAUGAUGCGCGCAUCACAAAUAUACCCCAUGAGCGUUGGAUUUUUCCUUUUUUCUUCUUUUUUCUUUUUUUCUAUCCCUUC